UAUGCAUAUACAGGUGUGUUCAAUCUGAAAAAAGGAAAGUCCACAGAAACAUCACUGAUGAGGUCAGUCACUGUAAUCACAUAAAGGAAGCUGUUGAUACUUGUGACAGAAUGGAUUACCACGGUUUUUAUUCGCAUCGCAUGAUACAGCGAGCCCAAGACACUCUAGCAUACAGCAUUAGGAAUUCAAACAACCGUCAUAUACAACAAGUCUUGUUUAAAUGUGGAUUGAAUUCAAAUUUCCAUAGAGGGAACCAAUUCCGCUCUCGCUAUAUACCAACUCCACAGCCCCACAACAAUUUAUGGCAUGAAGAUGCUUUGAAGUACAGAUAUACCUUUCCAUGGUCUGAUGGAUACAAUGAACACCAUGGGGACAGCAACUCAAACAAUUUCAGAAAUUCUUCCUCACAGUCCUUCAAUGAUAUGUCUCAAACAAAACCAGUUCUUCAUAACAAUUUAUGGUAUGAAGAUGCUUUAGGAUCUUCAGAACCUGGCUAUUUAGAUUUUACAGAUUCAAUAAGAGGCUCCAGAGAAGACAAUGAAAUAUACAUGACAAGAAAUUACGACAAAGAGUUAAAUGAUUAUAUAGUUGUAUCUGACUCUGAGCAACAGGUAGACCUGACAUAUGACAGCGAUGAAGUUGAAGUUAGGGAGGAAUCAAACACAAGAAAAUCAAAGAACAAACAAGUUAAAAGGAAAUACUCAAGCAGCAAUACAGAAGGCAGUGGACCAUCCAAGAGACCACGUGUUCAGUUCAGUCAAGGUCUGGUGUGUGAUUAUUGUGGUUUUGUGGUGCCACACAAGCUACAUCAUCAUAAUGAAGAGGCUGCAGAUUUGAUGAAAUGUCAUUUCAAAGACAAAAAACAUAAUGCAGCAAGUUUAGCUAAAAUUCAAAUGUCAGAUGAGAACACUGGUAAGGCAAUAUCUAUUCUCAAGGAGAGCAUUCUAAUGACAUCUACAGACAAGCAUGUUGCUCUUGUUAACAAUAUCGUGCCAAUGUGUCCAUGGAAAUCUUGUAACCAAAUACACGAAUCAAUAUGGUCAUGUGCAAAACACUACCAGUUGUAUCAUAAUAAUAAUAUUUCUACCCGUUACAGUUUGGCAAAUGUUGCUUCCCUUAAAACAAUCCCAUUCCCAGUUGUUAACACAUGUAGAACAUGUGAUAUGUCAUUUAGUCGUGCUUCAGAAAUACAUAAACAUUGGAAAAAAACACAGCAUCUAAAAGGCUAUUUACCAAGUUCAAAGAGUCAAGUGGCAUUGUAUUUCUGUCCCUAUUGUAACCUGCUCAGUUACAGCUUCCCAAGCUGCAGAGUUCACAUCAUGCAUAAACAUAAAUCUGGUACUCAAAAAGAUGCUUCUGUAAAAGUGGUAUUUGUCAACCGAACAACUGAGGAGCUGGAACUGCUGCCCAUACAGCCAAGGCCUGCUGAGGCUCAGGCACAUUUAGAAAUUACUGUCUUGGGAAAUAUGAAGAGGCAUGCCAAAGUGUAUGGACGUACGAAAAGAGCACGUAAAAAGAUUCAAGCAGAAGAGAGCAGAUGUCAACUAAAAUACCCAUGGUCAAGGGAAAAUUCACAAGCAGAGCAAACCUACAAAGCAUUUCAGAGACGCUGUAACAAUAUAUAAGUGUGUGUUUUAGAGAAACCUAGAUAUAUGAAAACAGUCUUCACUUCAGAUAUCUAGACUUUUUAAAUUUCAAUUCCAAAUAAACUGAUGGAGAUAUGGUGUAGUUAUAACAAAUUCAGAGUCCGCAUUCAGUACCAUAUUUAUCUGGCAAAAGCCAUGCCUGGAACUAAGUUAACCUAUAAUGGCUAUAGAUAUGUAAAUGAAGAGAUUCAGUUUGAAGUCUAUAUGACAAAAACAUUCAGCAAUUAAAAAAAUAGAAUUAAGGAACCUAGCUUCUUGUAUUGUUUUAAGUAUUCAUAUAUAAAAACAAUACUAAUGCAUUUUCAUUGUCCUACAAUAAACCAGCCUCUUAAAAUGAAGUCAGAAUUGGUAUGUUUGUCGUCAGGCCUUUGAUCUUUUAUUUCAGAUACAAACAGUACACUGUUAACUAAAGCCGAAUACAAUAGAUAAAGAUAAUGGUACAUUUGUAUAUACGAGAAAAGGUUUUUUUUUUACAAAGCAGACAUCACUUCUUUUAAAAGGAAAAAUGAGAAGACAUUUGUUGGUAGAGUUAAAACACAAACAACUGUUGGUCCAGUUGUGUCAGUGACAUCUGUCCAUAGAGUAACAAUGGAGACAACUGUUGGCCCUGUUUUAGUAGUGACAUUUGUUGGUACAGUAUCAACUCGUACAACUGUUGGUCCUGUUCCAGCAGUGACAUCUGUUGUUACAGUAACAGCUAAGACAGCUGUUGGUCCCGUAGUAGUAGUGACAUUUGUUGAUACAGUAACAAUGGACACAACUGUUGGCUCAGUUGUAUCAGUGACAUCUGUUGGUACGGUAACAAUGGAGACAACUGUUGGUCCUGUUGUAGUAAUGACAUCUGUUGAUUUAUCAAGUGUUUAAUUCAUUGGAUCAGAAGAACAUAUGUAGAUAGUCCUGAUUUGACUUUUUGUUUCCUGGUUUUGAUAAAUUAAUAUGUGGCUAUAAUCUGGUUCUGUUGUACAGACAUUAAUAGAAAUUAGAUGUCCCAUUUCACUCUGUUUUUUCAUCAUCCCCUUUGGCAAUGUUCAAAGUGAAAUGAAAUGGCUAUUUAUUGUUGCUACAAAAGAAGAAAGUAUGAUGGUCUUUUGGUAUAAAGAAACAGUAGUCCUCUUGUAAACUCAGGGAGAUAAAUAGACAUUUUUAAGUUGUGUUGAAAGGACCAAAUGUAAACCUGGUCUAAAGACCCUGUGAGUUUUAUGCCAUAGAAUCCUGUCUGUCUGUAAACCUAACUGAAAUGCCUGUCUGGUCAAAACAGUGGUCUGACACCACCUGGAAGCUUGGGGCAGGGCCUGAUAGCAGGAGCUGUCUACUUGCAUAUCUUUCACAAAUCUUUCUUCUGUUGAGAUAUAGGGAUUUUGAUGAAAUUUUAUCUGGAGUAUCUUUGAGAUUGAGAAAUUAGAGGUUCUAGCCUCCUACCUGGACUAGCCCUCUAUACCUCUUUUGCUGUUGUUGUAACUAAACUUGUCUAAAUAAAAUUAAAUACUUUAAAGGUAUCUUCUUUUUUCGUCCAUUGUGUCUACUUCAUACUCCACCACAACAUUUGUAACUUGUGCUAUAUUUUUUCUUUAGACGUCGGUGGUGUCUCAGUUUCCUUAAUAGGUUUCUGAGGAUGAUAGAUAUGCAACUUAAAGCUCCAUUUAUGAACACUUCAAGAUAUGGUAGAUAAGGUCAUAGAAGUUGGAAAGACCUUGGCAAAUUAUUCCAAAAUUGAAUGCAUAGUCAGUAUGAAAGAUCAAAGUCACAAAUAUCUACUUCUCUCCAUGACGAUCAUGCACAUCAUUUGUGAAGAUGGUUAUAGAUGCGUUUCUCGGUAGUAAUCAUGGCUAGAUGGUGGGAGAUCUUGUGUUUAUGAAAUGUAAAGACCAGAUAGAUUCUAGAAUGUAUGAUUCAUGUAACUAUCUGUAUACUGUAUUAUUAUCUUUAAUGUUGCUAUCAUUUCGAUUGGAUGACGGGGCAGUGUAGCUUUUGAUAUAAACCAGAAUGGUUCUUGCCAGGACCAAUGUCAUUGUUCAGAGACAAUGUUUUUUUUUCUUCUGUUUUGUAUGAAUCCUUAUGACUGAUUUUGUGAACUUGAAUGUGUACACCACAGUGUUUUCUGUUCCUUUAUUAUUGCAUUGUAGUUGAUGAACAUCCAGUAUUUUAUACUUAUGUUUUCUCAAAAUAGACUUCAUAAAAAUUUCCAACAGAUUUUGAUCUGUCAAAAUUAGAAAAAAAUGAAAAGGAAAGAUAUUACUGAAAAAUAGCAAAUUUGUUAUUACUAUUUUAUUAUAUAUUUGAGCUCUUAUGUUCCUAAUUGUGAUUCUGCUGAUAAAAAAUG